AUGCACGCACACAAGAACGCCGUCGUCGGCGACGUCGCCGUCGACCUCCACCCGUUCAUACGCAAGUACAACGACGGCCGUGUCGAGCGUAUCCUCCGGAGCUCCUACGUGCCGGCAUCGGAGGACCCGGCCGCUAGCCGCGGCGGCGUGGCCACGAGGGACGUCGUCAUCGACGGCGGCGCCGCGGCGUCCGCGCGCCUGUUCCUCCCGCCGAACGCCGCUAGCCGGGAGGGGAGGCUCCCCGUCGUCGUGUACAUCCACGGCGGCUCCUUCUGCACCGAGAGCGCCUUCUGCCGGACGUACCACCGCUACGCCGCCUCCCUCGCCUCGCGAGCCGGGGCGCUCGUCGUGUCCGUGGAGUACCGCCUGGCGCCGGAGCACCCCGUCCCAGCGGCCCACGACGACGCGUGGGCCGCGCUCCGGUGGGCGGCCUCCCUCUCGGACCCCUGGCUCGCCCGCUACGCGGACCCCAGCCGCACCUUCGUCGCCGGCGACAGCGCCGGCGGCCACAUCGCGUACCGCACCGCCGUUCGAGCCAGCAGCCGUGACGAGGGCGACGGCAUCGGGAUCGAGGGGCUCGUGGUCAUCCAUCCAUAUUUCUGGGGAGCCGACAUGCUCCCCUCCGAGGCGACCUGGGAAGGCGGCUCGGUGAUCACGCCGCACGGGGCCGGGAUACUCUGGCCGUUCGUGACGGCCGGCCAGGCAGGCAACGACGACCCCAGGAUCGACCCUCCCGCCGACGAGGUCGCGUCGCUGGCGUGCCGCCGCGUGCUGGUGGCCGUCGCCGAGAAGGACCUCCUGCGCGACCGCGGCCGCCUCCUCGCGGCCCGCAUGCGCAGCUGCGGCGGACGACGCAGCGUGACGCUGGUGGAGUCGGAGGGCGAGGACCACGGCUUCCACCUCUACAGCCCCCUCCGCGCGACCAGCAGGAAGCUCAUGGACGCCGUCGUGCAGUUCAUCAACCACCAGGGAGUGUUUCUUGGUAGGCUGGAUUCGCAAGCUCGCCGCGGCCCGAUUGCUACGCAGAUGAACAGUUCGGAUGUAGACAGGAUGGAACAGAACGCUAAAUCUCGGCCAAGCGCUGCUACUGCUGCUGUCAAUGCAUCAUUGACAAUUGGCCGGGUGAAAGCAAGAAAGAAAGGCUAUGGAUUGUCUUUGGGUCGGACCAGAGGAAUACCAAAUAAUUCGGUGACUCUUAAUGGGCUGGAGAUGGAAGCUGUGGCUGGGCUAAGCCCCCCUUUCAGUUUGCAAUGCAUUGGAUUGGAUUGA